GUUUAAUGGCAACCCUAGACAAUGUUUUCAAGCAUUUUUUGCCAUUCGUAGUACGGUCUUAUCAUAAAAAAAACUCGUUUUAAAUUGUAAACAAAACCAAAUAUCUCCUUUAAAAUGCUGGCCAGGCGGAAGUGGACGCCAUCCGAGGAGGACAGGUUCAUCGACAUCUGGUUGCACAACCUGCACCUUUUCAUACCCGGCAGGAAACUGACAUACAUCUACUCGGAGUUGGAACUGUAUUAUCGGGAAGUUGGCUUGGAGAUCAACGCUCAAGGAAUCAAGUCCAAAAUGGAGACAUUGAAGCGAAAAUAUUACAGUAUGUUGUACUCGGACAACGAAGACCAAUCAACUGCCUGGAAACACUUCGACACGAUGGCACUCAUAGUAGCCGGUUCUAACAAGGAGGGCACGGAUACGGAGUGGAAGGACUACACGCAGCCAGCCAAAACCUCUCGCUCCUCUCGAUCUUCUGUUUAUAUGGACGAAGGCUCACAGACCCAGAGCGAAUACGAAGGAAAUUUCAACUCUGUUUUUCUGGACGAAGGUUCCGUGAACCUUUUUAACGAGGAGGAAAAGCCCCAACCCAAAAGGGUAAGACGGAGAUAUAGUAACACCAGCCGCAUUCGAGUAAAACCCCGAAGAAUUUGGACGACGGCGGACGAAAGUCAGUUCGUUGAUGUCUGGGAAAAGUUUGGAGUUGAUUUACAAAGUGAUAGGACAAAGAUGGAUGUGUACAAGGACAUGCAACGAGAGCUUGAUGAGCUUGGUAUUAAAAUAAUGCCCAACGACAUAAAGUCCAAAAUUGAAUCGCUGACGCGCACGUUUAGAGCUCACCAACAUACUGUGGGAGACCAGUCCGAAUGGAUACAUUAUCCCAAAGUAAAUCGGAUCCUGACUCCUAUAGAUUUUAGUAAGCUUCAAAAUUUCUUCGACGACAGCAGUUCGGAAGAAGACUCCGAGUGGUUCAAGAAAAUGGAACCAAAAGAAACAGAACCCGAGACCUGCAGCGAGCCCCCGAAUUCUACCGACUCUGUCGACAACAAAAUCGACGUUAGUAGGGAGCCAGAGCCGGAAGUCUCUACCAACUGCUCGAACUCUAACGACUCUGUUGUCAAUCAAUUCGACUGUAGUUCUCAGCCCAGCUCUCCCGAAUCCAGCAUAGAAUUUUCCAUGGUUGAAUCUAAUCCAAGGCGAUGCGAAGUGUCCAUUGAGAUUUUGGAUGAGGAAGAGGCUGUCAAGCCAUUGCCAUCGCCCCCGUUGGAAAAACUUAAAGCUGCUGAGGAUUUCAGCCAAUUUGUAACAAAGGAGUUGGCCGUCUUGAAUGAUGAUUUGCUAAUUGAAGCUAAACGCCAAAUAUACAAUAUUAUUUGCGGCCUUCAAAUGAAACAAAAUGAACUUAAUAAAAAAUCGAAAUUGGCCAAAUAAA